AUGGCCCAGGGCGCCGUCAAACCCCGCAAGUCUUCCGCUCCUAAAAAGCCCACCGGCCCUCAACAUGGCAACCGCGUAAUCAAGCCGAAAAAGCAAAAUCUCGUAUCGCAACAGAAGUUGAAGAAGAAAGCCACGAGUCAACUGACAGUGAAAACGGAGAAGCUGCUCGCGGAGAAAGCGGGGCAUUUGGAGUUGCUGAAGGGCGGGAAGAAGGAGGGCCGAAUUGGAGGACAGAAAAUCAACAAGGAAGGGAGUGGGAAGAAAUGA